AUGUUGCAAGGAAUGAACGGCACGCAGCAGCGGCUGCCCAUGAGGCUGGGAAUCGCGGUCAGUCCUAGAUGGAGGCACUAUGCUGACCUGAGUGCCAGUGUCGGUGAGGAAACGUACAUUUUUUUGUUGCUUUGUUUUAGCCACGCGAAAUCGUUCCUGAGUGAAUUUUCGGACGAUGACUUCGUCUCCGCUCUUCUCACGGACGACGACGACGACGAACAGAGCAGCACCGUGUCGACGAGCACUCGAGAGCAGCGACGGCGCGAGUGCCCCAAAGCGCUCCUCAUUGCUGGCCUGGCCCUCACACUGCUCGUUCUCGCGUUGGCGGCCAUCGUCUGGAAGAAGGUCGAGAAACCGGAGUUCGUGCCACCGUCAGGUGUCGUCGUGCCUCCGUUAAAGGACCCGCCACAUCGCCGAGUGUUGGCCGGUCGUCUUGGCGGCGUGGAGUCGGCCCGCAACGCGUCGGCCCUGCCCCGAAACAAGCAGUUCAUGGUGCCCGGGAAGCGAGCCUUCGCAGGGGAACCAACCACUGAGUUCUCCAUGAUAGAAAUCGCAGACGUCAACUUCGAUUCUCUCCGCACCACGAAGGUCGCCUCCCCGGAGACCCAUACACUCGCCGAGCCGGAAGUGCACGAACCGUUCCGGCAGGAGCCCUUCACCAUUCAUUGGAGAUCAGCUGUGGGACGCAAGGACUUUGGUCCAACCACCAAGAGUCCUCGGCUGUGGCUUAAAAAUGUUAAUGACACCCUGUCGGUCACUCCAAAUCUAGUUCGCAGGUUCAUUGGAAGAGGUAGAUUUCCGGAAGUGUCCACAACACCGGCGGUAGCACCCAACGGCAGUGGUGGUCGUAUCUGGGGCAUCGAAAACGGCAACAUCAGCAUCUACGUGAUCAGGGUUGGCAGGAAUACGAGUGGCGGCGCCAACGCGAGUAGUGCCGGCCCCACAUGGAGGAUUAGUGGAACUGGCAUCACCGCUAGCUCUGCCAAGGCGACCUUCGGCAGUGUGAACUGGAGCUCCUCCGCUGGGGAUGCGGCCGAGUCAUUCAUAAGUUGGGAUCGGCUCCCCGAUACCUCUCACAAAGAGCAAGCUACGACGAAAGUCGCGACCUCUACUGGUGCGGUCCCUGACGCAUCUGUCACCGAACGACGCUCAAAGACAGGGCGCGACGUUUCCGAAUUCAGUCGGGGACAAGGGUGUUGGGCCUUUUACAGGAGCUCCUAAUGCGCACAACACAAGCAGGUUCGAUAUGCCGUUGGUCGGCUCCCACGGAGACGGCGCGACAGGGAAGCUUGUAACAACCCAGUCAUCUGUCAGUGGCCGUCGGCGGCAGGACAAGAUUGACGGAGAGAUCGGUCGUAUCAUACCAGUUUUUGACUUUGACGAGCAUAAGAAGAAUGACUCUUCCGAGCGCUCAGUCAACUCCAGCUUGGAUACACGCUCUGUCCCGUCGCAGAAGGGUCUCAGCCAUUCAACGGAGCUCACAGUGUCCCCUGCACGUGACGAGAUGCGAGGACUAAACGAGAGCAAGCGGGAGGAUGUAACGCCGCUUCAUUUCACAGGUGCCGCGGGACAGAAAACAGCUGCUGUCGGCGCCGAUGUUAAGACCCGUCGCGUCGAAGUAGAUAAACCAGAGUCACUAUUUAAUGGUAGCGAUUCCACCGAGCCUCCGGCAGGCGGUACUAGCACGAACGAAGUUUCCGAAUUAUCUCGGUCUGUCUCUACGGUUGCUGACGACAGAAUGUCCGUCGCCUUGAGUGGAAGUAACAUUACAACGCUCACCUCAAACAUGUCGAUCAUCGCAUCUCGAAACAACAUUUUGAGCUCAGCUUCGUCAUUACCCGAGAAAUCGACGACAGCAAGUGAUAGCAUGCCGAUUGUCGUGUCAUCGUCUCCGAUGGAUAUGGUAUCUAAUGGUAGCAGGAAUUUGCCAACUCUUUCGACCAUCGAAAAUGAGAAAACGGUAAAUAAAGAUAUUGAAGAAAAUGAAGCAAUUUCAAGGUCCGCCCAGAAUAAGUCGAAUGAUUUUGGUUCUGCAGACAUCGUACCAGAGCCAAUCACAGUUACAAAACAGCGCGAGUCUGAAACGCAACCCGUGCCAUCGACUGGCGGAAAACUUCAAGAUAAUAUUAUCCUUGAUAUAGGAAAUCAGCCUUCGAAAGAUGAAGCUGCGCUGAAAAAUAUUUCUUCAGGUCAACCAGCUAAUGGCACACGAACCAUGGUUGUGAGAACCAACCGCGAAACCGUUGCAUCGGCAGGUAGCAACACCUCAUUAGCCGACAACAUUACUGAACACAACGAGAAUCACGUCGAAACAGAGGUCACGUCAACUACUGACAGCCAGUCCAAUAAAAAGUAUGGCGGUCUGUUAAAUGUAGGAUUUGUUCCUGAAAAUGCCAGUAGGGCCGAUAGUUCACCGCUAAACCUCUUCCCAGAUGAGGGCGCACAGCCUUCGGCUCAGCCGUCAAGUUCCUCAAAUGACUCAUUCAGCGUGGUUCAAAUAAUGAAUGGCGCGAAACAUAAAGAGAAGAAAGAAGCACUUGAUGCCAAGAAUAACUUCACAAUUCAGGCGUUAACCACCACGAACGGCAUGCACGAAGAAAGAACGUGGACGAAACAAAGAGUGGCAGAAGAUCAUCGCGUAGAACAUAUCUCUCGCGAGUAUCUUUCCACAGUGAGCAAGGCAACCACAGGAUUUGAUGCUAUGUCCGACGGAGGGAAUACGUUAAUGUCAUCUGGAAGCACUAACACAGUGUCCCGUUUGUUAGGCAGCAAACCAUUGACAGAACCGAACGCGAGUGGGAGCCCGCAUGACGUUGGUAGAUCAGGGGAGGGUGUUGGAUCCAAAACAGAAGUACAAGAAACGCCAUUCAGCUCACACGAAACACCAGGUUCCUCGCCGAGUGCAGUUGAAUCGUCAUUAAGCUUGUCCGGCAAAGUAACUCCCAGUCAAAUGAGCAGCCAUCGCACCAGACGCCGGAUACGCAUGUCAAGACGAGGUCGUUAUCGCAAGCGAUUAAUCACGAAAACAGCGACUGUAGAAAAGUCUACAGCUCCAACCACAUUGGAGAAUACUGAACAAACUCGCAACAGAUACCCACCUAUAAAACAUGCGAAGAAAAAGCAUCAUGCAAAACCUACCCCUGCAGCCAAACUGUCUUCAGAAUAUGGGAACUCUGAAGCGGACAAGCGGCACCUGCAAUCGAAGUCAUCAAAAGAAGGAUCGUAUGACACAUCAGAAAACGCUGGCGAAGCUAAACUUAACACUGAACGAGACGGGGAGAACGGCUUAUCUACAACCGCAGGAUCGUACAAACGCAAAAUAAAAGCUGUAGAAAUUACGCACCGGCAUGGUCUAGACGAAAAACGCGAAGUAACCGUUACAAAAAAUCCGAAAUCAAUAUCACCGAGCGAGAACAUUCGGAUCCCCGUCAUAGCAAACAAGAGUAAAAACGAUUCAGAACUGUCUUCUGACCGGGUGAACGACACCGACACGUUGGAUGACACUUACCAGCACGCUGGAAUGAACAUUUGGAAGAUUCCUAAGGAUGUGUCAGGACUGCAGAAAGAGCACCCUGGUCAUAAGCGGAAACCGCGACCACGCGAUAACCGCAGACUGCCCCCGCGAUUGAUUCCAAAGCAUGCUGCUUUAACCAGGCCGCCGUACAAGGCGCCCAUAGAAUGGUCUGCAGAACGAAAACGUCCAGCAUUUGCAACAUCCUCAAUUUCUUUACUGAAGACAACGUUAGUGGCUGCGUCUGUCUCCUCACUAAGUUCCAUGUCAUUGUCACAGGUCAGCAUAAAAACCACCGCGAGUCCAGGCAUGGCGAAUGAAGCUCUAGAAGCCUCAAAUAAUUCGAGGAACCAUGCACCGAUGAUUCGCACUUUCAGCCACGAGCUCAACGACACCGACUUGAAUGCUACAGAAACCUCUGGCGGAAACGUGUCGGCGAACCUCGGGCGCGAGUUAAAGGACCUCCGACCGUUGUCAUU